CAAUAAACAACAGGAAGUUGUAACAGAUGAUUGCAACCAACACAGAACAUAAAAACGAAAAUUAUAUAUUUCAUCAGCACAUGUAAAUAUGUGCUGAUGUAAGGCCUAUGUUGUCUGCUUCGUGACACUAGACCAAUGCGUCAUGUGAUUGGUGAUGGAUGACGGUGCCUCGGAUGUUCUGGACAACAAUGCUGGAAAUGACACAUCUACCUGUAUGACAUCAUAUGACAGGCCAUCAGGUGUCGAGGGCAGGGCAGAAGAGGAUGAUGGUCUGUACAGUCGAACAAAGGGUAUCAAAGGCAAGUCAGAAAGUGCACCAGAUGGAACAUCCACUGCUGACGCCAUCAGUAGCAUCACAGCUUUGAUCAAACAGAGACAGUACUCGGAGGCACUAGAUGUAUGUGAACAAGCUCUUCAAAAAACACCUCAUAAUGAAAAACUACUGGAAAAGAAGAUUAAAGUUUUCUGUCACCUGGGACAUUUCCAAGAAGCAUUUGACCUAGCCAGUGAAUGGGAAAAGAAAGUACCACAGCAUCCCAUAGCACUAAAGGAGCUGAACCGGUUGAAGAUAGUUCUAGCAGCACUGCAGGAUCAGGAUUCUGAAGAUGAAUCUCCCAGUACCCCAGAACUACCUUUGACUCAUAAUGGUAACGAUAACAUAACUAAUAAAACAACAACACCUGAAAAUAGCAAGGCAGAAGACAGAAUAGCAGAGCCAGCAUUGCCUAAAGCCACUAACAUUGUCUUAAGUUUGCCAGCUCAGCCAAGUUCAAAGAAGCAGAGUAAUCUAGAAAACAUCAGUUUUGACUGCACUUUCUGCAACUUAAAAUUUGAGAAGCAAAGAGAACUCGAGAAGCACUGUCGCAGUGAACUUCACAAAAAAAAGUUGACAUCAGAUGAAGGACAAGACUGGAAGUUCCGUGCCCCACCACGUGGCCUCAACAAUGAUGAAUACAUUCUUUGUCACAGAUACUCGGAAACAGGGCGUUGUCCAUUUGGUGAAAAAUGUACGCAAGCUCAUUCUGAAGAGGAGCUUGGUGAAUGGCGUGAGAGGUUCAAGUUCCGAAAACAACAACUGCAGAGGGCAAAGGACAGUCAUCUCCAUGGCAACACCUACACAGAGCAGUUGCUGGAAAGAUUGGUUAACACGGAAAGUCCAAAGGCUGUGCUGGUUCAGAAUCUUGAUUUUGUAAAGCUUCAUGUGAACUCCGACCUCAAAGUAAAUAUGACCCACAAGAAAUGUACCAAUGCCUGGACGUUUACGGUCACUUCCAAGAUUUGUCUACACAGCGUUGCAUUAUUAGACGAUACAAACCGGAGCUACUUUUAUGUCUCAAGUAUUUCUGUGGGACCGAAGAAGACACAAAAAUAUCAGAAUUUAGAGAACCAGUGUCAGGAAUGGAUAAACCAAGAUACACAUGCAAAGGGACAUGGUGAAUAUGUCUACAGAAUUAAGGUGGUUUUCAAGACAGACCUUUACGGAACCUUUCGGCAGACAAUUGUCUUUGACUUCAGUGUUGAGGCUGUACUGACGCGUGAAAUGCAAGUGGAGUCUUCACCAGUUGUAGAUGCUGAAGACCUCUCCAAAUUUCUCAUUCUAACAGAAGCUAAAAAGUGGAGUGAGGACAAAGUGGAAAUUGUUUCUUUUCAGCCCAGAUCCACUCCAGUCAACUCCACAGAAAAGCAUUUACUGGAAAAGUACAAACUGCCACAGCCAGACAAGUUUACACUGUCAGAUACCAUCAUGCAGUCAGUGAGUAAAGACAACUACAGACUGUGGAUGCAUGAGAUGAUGUACCUGGAGGAAAUGGCUCAGAUAGGAUUUAUUCAGAGGUACAACAUUCGAACAUCCCUUCAGCUGGUAAACCGAUUUCUGUUGAUGCCUGGUGCAAUGUCUACUGCUAAGUUUGCUCAUGAUGGCCAACUGUUUGCACGGAUGAAGUUGGAGGAUAAUUUAUCACAAGACUCGAUGGGUGGUCGACUUAUUCUUCUCAAUGCACAGACUGCAUGGAUUGCUGCAGACAGUCAUGAUCUGGAAAAGAAAGAAGCAAAACCAGAUAAAGCUUAUGAAGUGGUCAUUGAAGACAAAGGCAAGAACUUCAUAUUUCUGAGAGUCUCAGCCCAGUGUGUAAAGGAACUUGGUCUUACGUGUGACGAAGAAUUCAAAGCACAGGUUCAGUUUCAGCUGAAUCGUCUGUCAAAGUGUGAGAUGCACUCUGCUGUGGACAAACUUUCCACACUGGACAUUGUUUUCCCGGACAUAGACAAAAUUCCAUCCAUAUCCUUCACUGACAGAGACCCGAAUGAAGACUUGGACAGCAAACUGAAUGUCAAACAGAAGGAAGCCAUCAUGGGUGUCCUCACAGAUCUUGAUGUACAGUUACCUCCCUUGUUGAUUGUUGGACCUUUUGGGACGGGCAAGACUUUCACAAUGGCCCAGGCAGCUAGGCAGGUGGUCCGGCAGCACAAAGAGGCAAGGAUUCUCAUCUGUACACUCUCGAACAGUGCUGCUGAUCUGUAUAUUGGAGAAUUUUUUCAUCGAUUAGUCAAAGACGGUAAUGAGGACAUGCGACCACUGAGGGUGUAUUACAUGUACCGCUGGGUUCAGACUGUGCCGGAGGUCGUGCUCGAGUACACUCUGUACCAGACCUCAGGCGACCAUGCUGGGACCUUCCGGUACCCAAACCUCGAGGACCUUGACAAACACCGGAUAGUGAUCACAACUUUGAGUACUGCUCGUACCAUCAGUGACUUGGACCUCCCUAAAGAUUACUUCACACACAUCUUCAUUGACGAGGCAGCCCAGGCUCUGGAGAUUGAAGUGCUCAUUCCCCUGUCUCUGGCUGGAAAAAAGACGCGGAUAGUGUUAGCUGGAGACCACAUGCAGCUCAGCCCUGAACUGUACUCGGACUUCACCCGGCAGCAAGGUUUCCAGAUGACUCUUCUCGAACGUUUGUACGAGUACUACCCACCCGACUGCCCUUGUAAGGUGAUGUUGUGCGAGAACUAUCGCUCUCACUCGGCCAUAGUGGAAUUCACAUCAGAGCUGUUCUACGACAACAAACUGAUCACCAGCGGAAACCUGACUGCACAUAGCAGCAUUUAUCCUCUCACGUUCUACAUGGCCAAGGGAGAGGAAAUACAGCAUCAGAACAGUACAGGCUUUUUCAACAACUCAGAGGUUUAUGAAAUUGUGGAACGAGUGGAAGAACUUCAGAGGAAAUGGCCUGACGACUGGGGACCUCUAGAAGACAACAGUAUUGGUGUACUAGCUCCAUACACGGAUCAAGUUCAGAGGAUUCGUGCUGAAAUGAGAAAGAAGAAAAUGUUCAACGUGGCUGUAGAAAGAGUCCUGAAUGUUCAAGGAAAGCAGUAUCGUGCAAUUGUGCUGAGCACUGUGCGUACGAGACACACCUGCCGGUCUGACACGAGCGAGGAGGAUAUCAUGGACUAUGGCUUCCUGUCCAACGUCAAGUUGCUCAACACCGCCAUCACCCGCGCUCAGUCUCUCGUCAUGGUCGUUGGAGACCCAGUGUCCUUGUGUCUGGUUGGAAAAUGUCGAAAGGUGUGGGAGUAUUUUAUAGAGAUUUGCAGUCAGAACAGCAGUUUCCACGGCCUCACCUGGAGUCAGCUACGCUCACAGCUUGAGAGUGCGGAGAUGGCCAAGACGUAUGUGCUAAAUCCACUGGCCCCCGAGUUUGUUCCAAACAGGCUGUUCCAUGUGACAAUUGGUGAAGCUGAGAACUUUAUGCAAAAUCAGCAGUCGUUUGCCCAUUCCUCAUCACAGCAACAUCAUGGUGCCCAUCAUCCAGCAGCAGCAGCAGCUUAUGGUUCUCCAUUAGUGACUCCGAUGUGCCCUCAGCCAUUUGUACCUUACUACUCUCUACCAUUCUAUCAUGGACACGGAUAUUAUGGUCCAAUGAUGUGCCGACCUGUUGUUCCUCGCAGACAGAAUAGUCCGGUUAGCAGCAGAACGGUAUCGCCUAAACCUUCAUCACAGCCCGUGUCAUCUGUUGGACCAAAACUGCGAAUCAAUGGGGUGAAGCCAAGCAUUGAGCCAUUUAUUGAAGCGUCUCCCCUUUCUAGCCCGGGAGCUGUGCCUGUCCGAGCUAUUUACAAACAGUCCAAAGGUCGUGUGAUGAUGAUACCCCCGAGAAUGCCCAUGCCCUACCCUCCAUACUAUCCCAUGAUGCCUCCAUAUCUGUACAUGCCAGAGGACCCGAGGUACAGCAUGCAACCUCAUCCGUACAUCUUUCAUGGACCACGACUACCAUAUCCACCAGUGUAUCCAUACCCAACUCAUCUGCCUUCAGGCCCAGAACAUCCUCACCAUUCGGGAUCUGUUCGUCGUGCAAGUAACUCGCCAGAAAUUCCUGUAGAAAGGAUCCGACCGUCAGUGGCAGGACAGCCGAUCCGACUGAUGCCUGGUGUUGUGCAUGUUCCUCCACACUUGUUUCAGAAAGGUUCUCCAGAUUCUGAUCGAGGAUCCUCUUAUUCCUCUUCCCCAGCCAUCAGUCCGCCAUCUGCGCCACAGAGAGAUACUGAAAGAGAGGGCACUCCUGAACGACAUGCAACUCCCACCGAGUUGAGAUCAACUCCCACUGAGAUGAGAGGAACCCCUGUAGAAAGAAUAGAACCGCCUGUGGAACGAAUAUCAACUCCCAUAGAGAGACGUGGAACUCCUGUGUCUGAACGACCCUACAGUCCAGCAAACUACACUUCAGAGAAAAUGUCAAGACAUGUCACAAACAGAGAUGGUGCAGAGGAUGUGUUGAGAGACAAAGUGAAUAGGAAGCACAGACCUGGUCAAGGAAAUCUCAAGUUGAAUACAGGAUUCAGUAGACAGUUUAGCGAUGAUCUGCCAACACCUACAGAAAUUGUCGAUCUUGUACGAAUGAUUGAGGAAAGCAUUGAAGAAACAAAUGAAGAUGCUGAUUCAGCUGAAUGUGCUCCAAUGAGGAUCGAGAUCAAAACUAAUGGACCUGCUAAUCAGAAGCACAGGGAACAAAUAGCCAGAUGCUCUUCUGAAUCUCCAUCGUCAGAUCGGAAUGGAGAGAAGUUAUCUUACGCUGGGGUGUUGAGGAAACACUCAUUGCCUGAUCCUCCAACUUCUUUAGACAGUGGCAGCAUUGAGGAACAGAUUGUUGACUAUGAGCAACACACGCCUAGGACUCCAUCAGGUUUCGUUACUCCGGGGGUCGACAUAGACAUGGAUCCAUUUGGCAUCCUUAAAAGCUUAAACAUUGAGGCACCUUCUCAUCACGUUCAGUAAACAUGGGACCACAGCAUUUGUUAUUAAGCAUUUUAUAGAUUAGGUCCUCCUAUGAACAGACCUAGAUUCAUGUAUACACACUUUAUUGUACAAUUGGAAAUCAUAUCCUAUCCUAUUUGGAUAGAAUAAAUGUUAUUACAUAAGGUCAUACUUUUUAUAAAUAUUUUUUUUUUUAUUCAUUUUCAUAAAUAUUUCGUUUUCUGAAACAACUCACAUCCUCGCUUCCCAUGCCUUCCCUUUGUAAAAGGUUAUACAAUAUUACCAGUAAUAAUAAAGAAGACAUUUUUUACAUUUAAAAUCCCCAAACAUUUUGCUCCUGCCAAAAGCAGUUCUUCACAUGACAAAGUUACAGAUAUGAACUGUUAAAUAAAAAAAAAAUAGGUUGAAUUUUUGUCUGGUAUAAUUAAAAGCAGUUACUGAAGUGUGUAUACAUUAGUAUUUUUCUCAUAUUUACUUUAAUUUCCACAUUGCGGUAUUUUAUAUAAAGACUUAAUAUUUUAAAGUACUUGUAGUAUAUAUAAUGGCAACAAAUUUUCUGACCUUCCUACUUUGUUUUUCAAACAUAUUCUCUCAACAUUAUUUUCAUUUGUAGCAGAUUCAAAUUGAAUGAAAAAUCAUUUCACUUUCUUUUUAAAUUACAUGAAUGAUAAAUACUACUUUCAGGGCAGUUGUAUAUUUUCAAAAUACAUUUACUUAAACAUUUAAAAUCUCAGAUUUAAAAAAAUAAAUAAAUGGCAAUAUCAUAGCUGUAUUAUAGUUCAUAAAAUUCUUUGUUGUCUGCACUUAUUUGAUGCACAUUCGGCACUGUGUUCAUUUAUGUGUAUAUUUAUUAGUAUGUUUGAAAGGUUAGACGUGAAUUAUGUGUAACAUUUAUUUGUUGGUAUAUUAGUAGCUUUGAGAAGUUAAAUGUAAAUUAUGUGUAACACUUUUUAAUUGAUAUGUAUUUUGUUACUCUGGUUUUGUUAUAUAUAUUUUCUGAAAAUAUAUUUAAUUGUUAAAGAAACAUAUAAGAUGUGAAGUGGUUUCUUCUUCUUUUUCUGAACAUUUCAAGAUCUGGUUUACAAAAACAAAAUCCCAAAAGACAUAGUUAACUGUAUUUUCACGAUUUGCAGUUUGAUUUCACAUGCUGAAUAAAUCCUAGACCUAUAGGUCCUAGACCAAUGAAAUCUGGUUCAUAAAUGCAUCUUUGAAUGUUCAUAUUGAUGCAUGUUAAAAAUAUAUUUUUAAAAAUAUACAUUGUAUUAAAUGUAAAUUUUUAAUUAUAAUUCUUUGCAAUUAGCUAAAUGUAUUUGUUUAAAUUCAAUCGGAUUAAAGGUGCUGUCUUAAAGUGGCAUAACGUCAAAUUCACUUAUUAUUUAUUAAUUUUUGAUUUAAAAAUGUAAUAUUAUACCUUCAACUAUAUGCCCAUUAAAAAUUACAAUCAAAUAAUUUAAUUUACACCCCCCCCCCCCCCCCGAAAAAAACAAAACCAAAAACCCCAACCCCAACAAAAAAACCCAAAAAAAAACGACUCCAACUUUUAUUGGAUAAUUUUAAGAGGAAUACCAACGGAAUCGGACGUGUUAACAGUCAGUGUGCCAGGUUUUGUGGAUUUUCCAAUUUAACAAGACUUGUUGCAAUGUUAUAAGACAGGAAUCCGAUUGUACUGAAUACGACUGUUUAUAAGCACAUUUCAAUUUCAAUAUUUCAGUUGUUUAUGUAACGUUUAUAUUUGGGAUUGGUGAAUUUGUAGUUAGUCACAUAUAAAUGUAAAAGUAGCAAAAUAUGACCCCUGUAACUAAUAUACUGUAACUUUAAUAAUGAAUAUCCCAUCACAAAUUUCUUUUAUAAAAUUAAUAAAAAAAUUAAGUUUAAUUGAUAAUUUUUUGAGAUGAAUAUAUGGGUACAGCUAUGAGUGACACCUAGUCAGUUAUAUGAGAGGCAAGACCGUUAAUUCUACAGAAUUGUCGGUCUUUGCCAGGAAACGUUAGUAAUAACUCCCACCUGCUCCACUCUCACCUGGUAAGGUUCAGGAGAACAGUCUUUUUUUGCUCAUGGCGAAGACUGGAAUUAUUGUCCUUAUAGUAAAUUUUAACUAAUUACAGGGAUGUGAGAGCUAUGUGAAAACGCGUAAAUGCAUUUUUCCAUUUCGUCGAAAAAAACAAAAACAUGAUGUUCAAUACUGUUGACCACACAAGGUUCAUUUGCCUGUUAAUAUAUUAGCCUGUUAAGUUGUACACUAUAAAAACAGUUGCGACAAGACUUGUUUUAUUAAAGUAGUUGAAUGUAUAUUUAAACAAAAAAGUGAAUUUAUUAAAACCAUAGUCAUGUGCACAUUUUGCAUUUAUUUUAGUAAAUGAUGUUACAGGAUGGGAAUGUAUGAAUGCAGCUUUAAUGUGGAGUUGUAAUCACAUUUAAUCAAGAUUUGGUAUUCCUGUCAUUGAAGUGUGGCCAUUUCAUAUUUAUGCAAAAAUAUCUACUGUUUAUACAACUAUAAAUGUUAUAACCAUUAUAGUCUUGGAUAUAUGAAAGUAAUUUUUUUUCAGAUUUUUGUGUUCCAGAUAAAUUUCUAUUGUGAUAUUAAUUGAUGCAUUGUUACACAUGUAUGUACUGUAUUAAUUGUUUGAUGGGUUGAGGAGGUGGUGUGUUUUUUGAUGGGUUGUUGGUGUUGUUUGGGGUUUUUGGGGGGGAGGGGCAGUAAUUAGCUGGAGAAAAUUAAUUGUUUAAAAUCUAGUACUAAUGGUGAUAAUGUGAUUUGAAUAUACUAGUACCUACAUAUUGGGCCAAGGGAAAAACCACAAUCUCCUAAUAGUGUUUUGAAUAGCCAUUCUUUACCUGUCACUAUGAGGACAGGAAAUCAUUAUAAAAUUAAUAAACAGUAACCCAGAGUUAUACAAGAAACAGAUAGUUCAAAAUAUAUUAUUUUAGAUUGUUGAUAGCAAAACAUGGCAAAAGACUAUAAGAAAAUGUUCUCACUUUUAUUAAAGAUUAAUGAUAUUGUGUUGGGAAGUGCGUAUAAGAACGGUGUACUUUGGGGGGGGGGGGGGGGGGGGGGAGCAGUCUCUUACUUUGAAACAUAAUAAGAACCCUGGUGAGAAUGUUUUAACCUUUCUGUUAUUGUCAGCAUAUUUGUAAGAAAAAUAUUUUCACUGGAAUACAUUUUAUGAUGUGCAUCAGUGACCACAGACAAGUUAUUUUUUUUACAAACUCCCUUGUCUACAUAUGAUCCUUUUACUGUGAAUCUUGUCAGAACAAAAGAAAGUUAUGUAAAUGUGUUCAAUUCUUGCUUGUGCACAUACACACCGUAAAACACAGUAAAACAGUGAACAGGCAACGUGUAGUUGGUCACCAUUAGAUGCAGUUGCCAUUAGUAGUCCGGAUUAGAUGCAGUUCUGCUUGAUGGCUGUAUUACUCCUGGGACACAACCAGCUGGAACUAUAGAGCCACACACUGCUGUUAUUACCAUAGAAACAUAUUUAUGUCAAAUUAUUUGUUAACCUAGCCAUUAUGUAGACUGUACUAUGCUUUUAUAAGUGGUAUAUUGUUCACGACUCAAAAAAUUGAGGAAAACAAGAGGCAAUUGCCACUCAAAAUAUACAACAUGCUUUCUGAUAAUCAUUUUCACAUGCAGCUUUUGCUUUCCAUCUAAAAGUAUUAGAGAGCUAUUCAGCUUAUGAAAUUAGUUCUAACUGUGUCGAUAUUAGGAUGACCAAUUUUUAAAUUGGCCUUAAAAAUUGUGUUUCAGGGAACAUGCUGAAAUAUGUUUAGGUAGGGUAGGUCGGCUGGGUUUUUAAAAUAAUAUUUUUUUAUAGCUUCAUUAAUCCCGGCAGAUCCAGUUAUAAGAAAAGAAGUUAUGUAUGCACUCUUUUCGCCUAUAUAUUAAUGAAAAAUUGAAAACGAGAUACAAUACAUAGCAAAACAAAUUAUGGUCAACCCUUUUUUCUGGGUAAGGUCGGAUUCCUGAAAACACACAAAUUUUAAAAAAUAGAAGCACAAAGGAAAAGAAAUGUAAAUGAUUUGUAAAGUUACAUAAAGUUCGACCAAAGUUUAUAUCAGUCUAGAACUGUUUGUCAGUUUCUAGUAUUUGUUUCCAGAUUAAAAAGUUAAAAGCAGAUAUUACUUUCCAUUCCACAAAAUGGAUUUGAAGCUUUUUUACAUUACAGAAUCAAUAAAACGGUCCUGAAUUGUACCAUAUUAGUCUUGUUAUAGUAUCAAACACUGAAACACAUAGAGCCAUAUCUUAGUACUAUAUUAUGCCACAUGCCAGUGACAUUUAGACCAUUUUUGCUAGUUGUAUGCUGGAAACAUGUUACUGCUUCUGUAAUAAGAUUAGUAUUUGUAAUAUGUAAAUAUACAACAUAAAUACAAGGAUGAAACUAGAAUAAUAUUUGACGGUGUAAUGAGAGCUUAGAUAAGAUUAGCCUAGCCAUUAUGUAGAUUAUACUACACUAGUGUAAGCGGUAUAUUACUCCAGGCUUGAAAUUGUAUAGCAAUAUAUUGUUUAGCACCAGUGCCAAGAACAUCCAGUGCCUAAUUCUAAUAUAAGUAAACACUUCAAAUUGCUUGUGUGCAGGAGAGCAUAAUUUAGGUCAACAUUAACAAUACACAAUCAUAGUAAAAUAUAUGUAGAUUCAAUUUGUGAUGUUUUUCAUUAAUGUUUUGUUUCUUGAAUUGAAAUGCAAAAGAUAGUCUGUUACAAGAACAGGUUUGGCAGUGGAAUGUGACAGUUUGGCAGUGGAAUGUGACAAUGUGGAAUGACUUCUAAUAGUUAUGAGCCAAAUUUACGAAGCCUGUUUUUUCUUAAAUGCAUGUGUUUAAACAUUAUAAAUGUAGGUAGUUACAUGCGUGUAAGACAUAAACAGGCUUUGUAAAUUCAGCCCUAUAUUUUUAGUUUACUGAAAACUUAUCUACCACAAAUUAAAAUGCGAUUUAUAAAAUUAUAAAGCUUUAAGAGUUGUUAGAACCUAUUUUAUGAACUUGAAUGUAAAAUAUAAUAACAAAUUGAAAGGUGAUUUAUGAAAUUAAAAGGCUGUAAGAGUUACUAGAACUGAGAACUUACAAUAACAGACUUGUUAAAAAGGUGAUUGCAGCCAUUACUAGAUUUCAUAACUUCUGAAAUUGAGAAAUGUGAAGAAAAUAUACCCAUUGUGGAAUAUUUUCAAAAUAUAUUUAUUUCAUUAUGAUGAAAUCUUUGGAAUAAAUAACUAUAAAUUUUUAGGUUUCACCAGGGAUUUUAUACACUCAUAAAAAAAAAAGUCAGGGUUUGUUUAGUUUUUUUCUGUAUUAUUCAUUUCAUACAUUUUGUUUGUGAGUGGUAGUUACAUUGCAUGCAUUGGAAGGGUGGGUGGGUGUAAAUUUGCAUAUGAUGAAUUUAAUUUAUGUCAGUUAUGAAAUAUGUUUGCAUUGGGAUUUGUCUAGACUGAACAGUGACAAAGUCCUGGAUUUUACAGCAAUCAUUAUAUGGUUAGAAGUAGAUGUACCAUUUAUGUAUCAUCAGAAUACUGAAGAGUAUAUACUAUUGUUACUUCAGAUUAAGGCUUGCUUGCCAUAAACGUGAUUCUGUGUACAGAAAUGUCCUUUUUCAUAUCUGUGUUUUCACAAGCGGAUUGGGUCACAUGUCGAAGUGUAUCUUAGUUCAAAAGUAAACACUUCAUGUUACGAUGGUCACCGUUCUGAAAAACUUAUGCAAAAACAAAUCGCUCAUUAAUUGACUUUUUUUUUUACUUCUCCAGCAUUCUGAAUGCCUGUGCGUGGAAUCGUGUAUAUGAAAUAGGUACUAUGUAAUUGUAUAUGCAUUAUAUUGAUAAAUUUGUGCACGGAAAUGCAUUGAUGGGAAGCAGGCCUAGUAUUUGCGAACAGAUCCCCUGAACAUCGGGAGUCCAAAUCUGACAAAAGCUCAACACAGUCUGUACAUUGUACAGUUAGUGAGUAGGUCUGUAGGGAUAGAUCGUUCCAGACUGCUUUGUGUUGUUUGAGGUGUAUAAUACAAGACAGCAGAUCACAUUUGUUAUGUAUGAAGCACUGUGUAAUAAGAUCUUAUACAUGUAAGUAUGUAAAAUAUUUUGGUUUGUUUGUUAUAUUUAAAUAUAUUUUUUCUUUGCUGUGUUUUUUUUUGUGGUGUGGCAGCCAUUUUUCUGGCCCAUCUGCUGAGAGCAAGUCACAUGAUUCUGGUGUCAGAAGUACAGUAGAAAACAAAGCUCUUGCUUGUGGUCUAAAGGUAUUAGCAUGCAGGAAAAUCAGAAUAGUCUGUAUAAAAGUUAGUUAAAAUAACUUACUACUCUAAUAAAUAAAAGCCCACAAUUUUUUUUCUCUCUUGCAUGUUACAUUUGCCAGUUGAGUUUUCAGUAUGUUUUACUGAAGAGAAGAGUGGAUGACGGGCUCUAUUCAUGGAUGGCGAUUGCUAGCAGAUGAAUGGUGGCAGCUGGGGUUUGCCAUUCACCUUCUUCUUUUUUGGUGUCAUCUGGCAGACUGUAAAUGUCAAUAAGGGACAUUCCAGUUGUGUCUCCCCUCCUCCCCCAAUCUCCUAACUUUACAGGCCUGAACAUUUAAAAUGUUUUACCAUCUCCGUGAGUAACUGGAAAGUCUUGGCAUUGAAUCACUCCUUCCAUCAUGGAGACUUCAACUAGUGAAUGUAACAUGCAUGAGAAUAGUGUAUUGUAGUCAUAUAUAUCCAAGUACAAGCAUUAUUGAACACCUUUCGGAAUUCAAUAUUGCCUGGUAUGUGUUGUCCUGUCAGAGGGUGCAAUAAAAGAUCCCUUGCUAUUAAUGUAGUGGGUUUCUUCUUUAAGACUACGUCAAAGUGACCAAAUGUUUGAUAUCCAAUAGCCAAUGAUUAAUAAAUCUGUUCUCUAGAUGUGUCAUGAAACAAAACAAAUUUUAACUUUUUUAUCAACUAGUGAAUGUAACAGGCAAGAGAAUAUAUUGUAGUCAUUCAUAUAUAUAUAUAUUAUAUAUAUUAUCUGUCUAUCUAUAGUCUGUCCCAUUCUACAAAAAAGUUUUUUUUAUAAAUGUUUGGUUUGACAUUAAAAGAAAAGUAAGUGUUUUGGAAAUAACCAAAAAAUACGAACUAUUUUUGUGUGCAAUUUAGAACAGUCGGCUUAGAAAUAAAUAACUUGUAGUAAAUUUCAUAGUAUGAAAGAAAAAACAAAGUUCCGUGAGAGUGACUGUAAGUACAAGCAUUAUUAGACACCUGUCAGAAUUUAUAUUGCCUUUAUAAAGGUGCCACUGGGUUUUAUCCACAAUAACAGGUUUGCUGUUAUAUUACUUUAGACUUAGAAAGAAUAUUAGUUUAAGCUGUUAAUAGUUUAGUGGAAUCCUGAUUCUGUGGACAUGUGAAAUACAUUCAGCAGAUGUGGCCAUGUAAAGUGUUAGGAUUGCUGCACCAGUUUCUUUAGCUUGUAGUGGCAGCAGAGUUUGUAUUGUAAACUUCUGGAUGCUUAUGGUAUUAAAGUUAUAUUAUUCUUC